GCGGAGUGAUACAAUAGAGCUUUCGCCCUCGCUCAGCUGUGUGUGCGGUGGUGUGUCCGAGGGCAAAAGCGAAAAAGUGGCCGAUACAACCAUGGGACGAUAUGUGGUGACGUUGUUUUGUAUUUGUUCGGGUCUUGUCAUCGCGGGAGCGUUUAAUGAUGGCGAUCAGGUGAUGCUGUACGUGAACAAAGUUGGGCCUUACUUUAACCCACACGAGACAUACCACUACUACCAGCUGCCAGUAUGCCGACCAGACAAGAUUGUUCAUCGAAGCCUUACCUUGGGGGAGAUCCUGGAUGGCGAUCGGAUGGCAGAAUCAAUGUACAAGAUCCAUUAUAAAGUUUCUGUGGAGAAGAAAGUGCUGUGCACGGUGAACCUGUCAGCCGAGGACUUCAAGAAGUUGAAGGAAGCCAUUGAAGACCUCUACUACUUUGAGUUUAUUUUAGAUGGCCUGAGGCUAUGGGGCUUCAUAGGGCAGCUAGAAGAGGGUUCCUUGAUCCCACACAAGCAUAAACUGUACCUCUGGACACACCUCACCUUCAACAUUGAGUACAAUGACAAACAGGUGAUAUCGGCUAAUGUGACAGUGACCGAUGGUGUGCCUAUGCUCCUGGAUGAGAUGACAGCUCCACUGGACAUCACACACACAUACUCAGUGCGCUGGCUGCCCACAAACGUCACUGAGCGGGCACCUGGGGGACUCUCCAAAGAUGGGCCUCGUGGAUUUUUCUUCCCACAGACAUUGGAGAUCCACUGGCUGUCGGUCAUAAAUUCUUUGGUGCUGAUUGUCCUGCUUCUGGGCUUCAUCGGUGUUAUCCUAACACGUGUCCUUAAGAACGAUAUUGCUCGUUACAACUCGAUGGAAAGCAAGGCUGAAAUGGAUGUAGAAGAGUAUGGCUGGAAGAUCAUCCAUGCAGAUGUCUUUAGGUUUCCUCCUUACAAGAACCUCCUCUGUGCCAUUCUGGGUGUUGGCACACAGUUCCUAUGCAUUGCUGUGGGGGUGCUGCUGAUGGCCCUGCUAAGUGUGUUCAAUGUUCACAACCAUGGUUCCAUGAACACGGCCAUCUGCGUCCUCUAUGCAUUAACAUCCUGCAUAGCGGGCUUUGUGUCUUCCAAGAUGUAUCGUCAGAUGGGGGGAACCAAGUGGGUCACAAACAUCAACCUGGUCUCCUGCCUCUUCUUCAUCCCUCUGUUUCUCGUGUGGAGCAUCCAGAAUUCAACUGCAUGGGUCUACCACUCCACCCAGGCUCUGCCAGCGACGACCGUUGUGUUGCUCCUGUUAGUUUGGGUCUGCUGCGGCUACCCGCUGACCCUGAUGGGUGGCAUCCUGGGCAAGAACUGUGCGGGCCCCUUUGAGGCCCCCUGCCGAGCCAAGCUGAUUGCACGGGGGGUGCCGCCCGUGCCGUGGUACCACUCGCUGCCCAUCCAUUGCUUUGUGGGUGGCUUCCUGCCCUUCAGUGCCAUCUCGGUGGAGCUGUACUACAUCUUCUCGACCGUGUGGGGCCGGGAGCAGUACACGCUUUACGGCAUCCUCUUGGUGGUGGCACUGAUCCUCUUCAGCGUGACGGCCAGCAUAGCAGUGGUGCUCACCUACUUCCAGCUAUCCUCCGAGGACUACCACUGGUGGUGGAAGGCCGUCUGUACCGGCGGAGCCACGGGUGCAUUCGUGUUCUUCUACGCCGUGUUCUUCUACUUCUUCCGGUCCAAUAUGGGUGGAAUCCUGCAGGCUGUUGAGUUCUUCGGCUACAGCAUCCUGACGGCAUACGUGUUCUUCCUGUCCCUGGGCACCGUGAGCUUUUUCUCAGCAUACAGGUUUGUGCGCUACCUGUACAGCACCAUCAAGACGGACUGAGUGGCCGCUGCCAUGAACAACGCCCCUGCUGUUGCUGCUCCUGCGGCUGCCACCAUUGCGACCAGCAUCUCAUCUGCUGCCGACUCAUUUGCUUUUGGGCUGUGUAGCAUUGUGCACGGUCGUUGCUGUCGUUUUGUAUUGCUAGCGUUGUGUUUCUUGUGAUUGGGGCAGUGAGCUCGACUGUUGCAUCUCUUUCGAAGCUGCAGUUUGCUACUGAAGCCUUUGUUGCCGGUGUCUAAAUUUCUUCCUUUAUUUUUUGUUUCUCUCUCUCUCUCUCUUAAGAAUGAGUAGGUCUCUCUGCAUUUUCUACAAGUGAGGAUGUGGAAUGCAAAAGAGAAAAUUGGAAAGAAAAACUGUACAUAUUUAAUCUUGACGUUCUUUGUUGAUGCAUUGGUGAGCAGUUUGUUGUGUUCCAGUGGAUUGAAAUUGAUGGAAAAAAGGUGUUCUUGCAUUUUUUGGAUAGGGUUGAAACUUUUUGUUUGUCAGAAUCCCUGCUGUUGUGGUGUGUGUUGCUCUUUCAAGCACUUUUUCUAGUACGGUUUCUCCAUCCGCACGGUGCUGUCUGUUUUGGGAAAUUAGUGAUCGUGACAUUGCUGUGCAAAGCUUGGCUUAGUGGCAACAGAGUGGCUGUGCAAUGCAUGACCACAGUGUAAUUUUUUUGAAGACGUGCUAUAGUUUCAGCCAGAGUCUGCACCGUGUAGCCCAACAUAUAUUGAUACGGCAGCUCGCAAAGUCUUUCCGUCAGCGUGAUGCAUCAGAAGCUUGCACAAAGUGGCCUUGCUAGUCCCUUUUCUAUUUAUGAUUGCAAGGCCUAAGCCAGAAGUCAGAAAGUACUAACUCGGUCGUUGUCGAAACAGUUGUGUGAGCCGCAACUAUAUCUGAAAAUCAGUUUUUACACAACGGUGUACAUUAUCAACUCUAGUGCACAAGUUUAAUCUGCCAGGCUUUCUUCAUGUGUCAUCAUGCGCUGUUGGAUUUUCAGUGUAAAUUUUGAUUCCAUGCUGGCCUCAGAGAGGCAACAGGCUUACUGAUGCAGGAUGCAGAAACUCCCUGCUUACAGAGCCGGAUGAUGACGUUUGUUAAUAUAUAGCUAAUAUUUGAGAACAAUGUUCCUGUCAGGAUAAAAUUGAGCCAAUACUUGAAACAAUUCGCAAUGCGAGUGUACAUGAGGAAGUGACAGAGAACAAAGCUAUAGAACAUUGCACCUUUUGUUACUGAAGCUUUGAUGUGCACUUUCUUACUACUUAAGCCCAAAAGUUUUUAAAAAAUGUACAUGUUGAUAGCUGGAAUGCCGCCAGCAGUUUCACUGUCUUCUGCAUACUUUGUGGCAGGCAGACUGAAAGUGUACCUGGCUUUAGGCCGUAAUUUGGAAUGCAGAUUGACUUGCAUUACAUUUCGUUCAGCAGCUUUCUUCGUGUUUAGUCUCUGAAUACAUUGUUCACCUUUAGCGCUGUUGCUGUGAUCACGUAGCACCUAUCUGAAGCACCUCCAGAGAGCAGAGAAUAACUUCCAACGCUCUUGGCACUUGUGCACCUUAUUGUACCUGUUGUUUUCUUACCUGACAACUACUUUUGCGUGUUUCAGUGCAAUGUUACAUAGGGAGACUGUAUUUGAAAAUCCUAAAACUGCUCUCUGUUAUGGGAGCACGAAUGCAGCUUUUUUGCACACAAGAUGAGGACAAAGAAGAGGCUAAGACACACGAACGUACCGCGCUCGUGUGUCUUAGCCUCUUCUUUGUCCUCGUCUUGUGUGAAAAAAGCUGCAUUCAUGUUCUACCAACCUGCCCAAACAGUCACCUUAGUUAUGGGAGAGCGCAGAGUUUAAGAUUGGCUACACAUAGGAGCCGCGAAAGUUGCAAUGCUUAUGGACUUAUGUAGUGGUCACAAUUCUUUUGCAAGAUAUUAGGCUGCCCCAAAUGCACAUGUACUGGUGAGAUCUCAGCUGUUGACUGAUGUGAUGGAAAGAAAUAAUAAUAAAGUUGUUGGUUAGCAUGAAGUCAGUUUGCAGGUUUGUAGUACCAGACGAGCCUUCUUCCCUACCAUUUUAUGUGUGAGAAAUUUUCACAAGGAAGUUGAAAGCCCAUGACAUUUUCAGUGUUUUCGAUACUGCACUCGCACCUUUUUUUUUUUAUUAAAUACUAGAUUCUUGCUUUUACUUGCUAUAGCACCUUCAGUCCUGGCCAAGGUCUUUUAAAGGGCUCAAAUAGAAUUUAAUCUCUAAAGGAGGUUUUUGGCGUCAGACAGGAACGCACAGAAAGCUUUUGUUUCUUGAAAUAUCUCAGCCUUUCACGAGAAACCUUCAUUUGUACUGCCAGCUGGUCUGGCAGCCAAGAGCACAGUGACGUAGCAUUUUGCUUUUGACGUUGCAACUUUGUUUUCGUGAUGUGGGGCUGCACUGCCAUAACAGUUCCUGGUCAGAACUAGAGCUAUUUGUUCGUUUUUAGCUUUCACAAUAAUUUAUAUUCUGAAGCACAUGGCUUACUGUUACUGUACCACAACCGUAGUUACUUUUGUUACCACUUGGCUGUGUCAUGUGCUCCUCUGUUUGACGUAGCGUACUCACACGUCUGUUGUUUUUAGUGCACUAGUGCCUAACCGUAGUACCAUUUCUCGUGUCCACACGGGAAUAUUGGUGCACACACAGUUGGUCUCACUUGCAUGUUUCACACAGCUUGGAGGCAUUUAUUCGUGUUGUUAGUAGGUUCCUGUCCUUAUCGGGUGAUGAAGUACAGACUUUCAAAAGUCCACCUGUCGCUGCAUGUAUAUUGCAAUAGCCAGUGUUUCUGCUAGGUCUCGCUGGUGGGUCUCAUGUGGCAAUCCUGGUAAUCCAAAGGCUUGAAGGAUGACAAAGAGCUUCAUCACUGUCCAGGUCAUUGAACUACAGAAAGUGCAACCGUGGCUGCAUUGCACAGGCAAUGCAGUCAAUGCAAUCGAUUCCCAAUUUUAUACUGUGUGGCCUUCCUAUACCCUUGACAAAGUACACAUGUCACAUCCGAAUGGCAACAGUGAACUUGGCUAUGGAUCUCUGUAAAGCAAUCAUCUGGCUCCAAAAUGCAUGCAGUUUGUGUUCCUGGCAAGCUUUUGCACGGAUCGUCUAGGCAGGAUUCGUGAACAUAUAUGUUGUUGCCGCACCAACCAGAACAGUCUGCAUUCGUGGUCGUCUCAUUCUUUAGAACCCCUUACACUGUAGUAUUUAGCGUAAGGCUUUUCUGAAAUUAUGUUGCGCAUUUAGAUUUGCUAGAAUAAUCUUUGGCAUUUAUGACUUAGAGAAAGGAGAUGAAAGAUAUAUUAGAACCAUACAAUUGGUCAACUCAUUCUCCCGACACGUAACUGCAAGUGACUUGUUUUCCUUGGUGGCCACUCCCUCAGAAAUUAAUCACCCUCCCUUAAAUGUAGUAUUUAAUUAUUUAAUAAAACUUGUGCCCUUUGUACAUAUCAGUAAGUUGAUGGCACAUUAGUUGACAAUGCCUAGCAGUUAUGUGGACUUCUGCGGAUUAUCCGUAUGGAGUAGCACAAACAUUACAUUGCAGGCAACACAUAUUGGGGCCUACCAAUUCGAUUGGGACAUUUCAAAGUGAACAGGUUCGGUUUAUUUUGCUGUAGUCUGAAACUCAUUCCCAUAAUUCACUAACAUGCAUAUGGGUUAAGUCACUGGUGCUUCAAAGUUUAUCACCUGGGCACACUUUAAAGCUAGUCACGUUGUGUCUAGAUCAAGUAGAAUAAUCAGAUUGUGGUAGUCUGUGCAUGUCAUGCACACAUGCGUUAGGUGUCUGUGUGAUCUUCAGGUAUUUCUGUGCAGUUGUGUUCAAUUGUGCAAUUGUUUUUCUACUUGUUGGGUACGGAAGAAUAUGUGCUUACAUAGGAAUGUUUGCAGUGUGAAGCAUGUUAACUAAUAAAACUGAAGAAAACCUUUAUUUCUUUAACUGUUUCUUCGCACCACGCCCUGUGGUUUUAUGUACUGAUUGACGCAUGUUUAUUUAUUGUACGUUGAGUGGUAAUAAAGUAUGUUUUUGUUUGUACAA